AUGUCUGUUCACAAAGCAGAAUUCUCCGAGACCAUUCAAGAGGUUGGACAAGUAGACGACUUUGAACCUAUCGUUCAAACCAUCAGAAAGCUAGAAGAUUCUAUCGAGGAUGUCGGUUACAAAAGACAGAUCACUGGAAGACAGAUCCUCAUGAUCACCUUCGGCGCCGGAAUUGGUACCGGGUUUUGGGUUGGAAUGGGAUCAGCUUUACGUCAAGGAGGCCCAUUUGGAAUCGUACUAGCAUAUACCGUCAACGCUUAUAUUGUCUAUGUUAUGUUCAUCCAAACCGGCGAAAUGACGGCUUAUCAACCAAUCCACGGUGGUUUUAUCAAUCAAAGUGACAUGUAUCUAGAUAAGUCUAUCUGUUUUGCACAAGGCAUCAAUUUUGCGUUUAACUGGAUGGUGGUCUUAGCUGCAGAACUCACUGCUGGGAUAAGUGUUCUCAGAUAUUGGGAUACAAACAAUGCAGUUACCACUGCAGAGUAUAUUGCAAUAUUCGCUGCAAUCUACUUUAUUGGAAAUAUCUGGCCAGUUAGGGCAUAUGGCUAUAUUGAGUACGUGCAGUCUUUCAUCAAGAUUGUGGCAAUGGCUGGUAUCACUUUGUUCAUGUUCAUUGGUACUUGUGGAGGUUUGCCAAAUACAGGACCUAUAGGAUACAAAUUUUGGAAAAACCCAGGCUGGAUUCGCAAUGGUAUCCAGGGUAUUAUUCUUGCAUUUUCGCAAUCCGGAUUUUCCUUCGGUGGAGGUGAGCACAUUGCAAUUGUUGCGGGAGAGGUGAAGAAUCCUAGGACAUUCAUCCCUCGCUGCACUCAACCCAUCUUCUGGAGGCUAUGUGUCUUUUUCAUCGGAAAUGCUUGGCUCAUUACUAUGAAUGUGCCAUACGACGAUGAAACUUUGAAUAAUGCAAGCGGGUCCCUUGCAUCUCCUUACAUAAUUGCCAUGAAAAGGGGGGGUGUCAAGAUUUUGCCUGAUAUUUUGAAUGCAUUGAUUUUGCUUUCAGUCAUCUCGUGUGGAAACUCAUCCGUGUAUAUCGGUUCGAGAUCACUGGUCUCAUGUGCGGAUCUCGGUGUCAUUAAUCCAAUAUUUGGCAAGAAGGAUUCCAAAGGAAGGCCUAUUCUUUCUCUGGCUAUUGUUUUUAUCAUUGGUCUUGCUCUUGCAUUCCUGAAUUGCUCGAAAACAGGAGUUCAAGUCUACAACUGGUUCAACUCACUCUGUGCACUCAAUGGUUACUUUACAUGGCUGUGUAUCUACUGGUCUCAUUAUCGAUUUAGAUUGGGUCUCCGUGCACAAGGCAUUGACUAUAAAUCGUUGCCACUUUACGAUAAGUUUUUCCCUUGGACGACGUACUCGGCAACUUUUAUUAUAUUCGCGCUAUUCGUCGCCCAGUUCUACAUCGGCCUUUAUCCACUUGGAGGAGCAGACAUGUCAGCCGCCGCAAGAGCUGAAAACUUCUUCCUAACUUAUCUUUGUGUUCCAUUAUUUGGACUUUGUUGGUUGUACUACAAAUUGAGGCAUCACACAAAACUCGUUAAACCGGAGGAUAUGAAUUUUUCGUACGCAAAGAAAUGGGAUCAAAUUGAAGAGCUUACCAAGAUCAGAGAUGCUGAGGUCGACAAGAAGCUGAAAUCCAAGCUACAAGUUUUCGCAGAAAAAUUCUUAGCCUAA